AUGGCAUUAAAGACGAUCUCUGCUAAGGCGGCUGCAGCCUUGGACAAGGAGUUGAUGAGCAGCGGUGCCUUCAGCAUUGACCAGCUCAUGGAAUUGGCCGGUUUGUCGGUCUCCCAAGCCGUUUACCGCGUCCACCCUCCAUCCAACGGUCGCCGUGUCCUCCUUGCGUGUGGCCCCGGAAAUAAUGGUGGUGACGGCCUCGUUGCCGCAAGGCACCUUAGCCAUUACGGGUACCAGCCGACGGUGUAUUAUCCAAAGCGAAGCUCAAACGAGCUUUACCACCGUCUGGCGAAGCAGCUCGAAGACUUGAAUGUCCCUUUUACCGACGACUUCACAGCCGCCCUCAGUGCGACCGACCAUGUCGUCGAUGCAAUCUUUGGCUUCAGUUUCUCCGGAGAGGUCAGGGAGCCAUUCCCGGCAGUCAUAAAGGCCUUGGAGGACACAAAGAUCCCCGUGACAUCGGUUGAUGCUCCGUCGUCGUGGAGUAUUGAGGACGGCCCGCCAGAGUCAGGAGUUGGGAGCAAAUUCCACCCUGCAGUUCUCGUCAGCCUUACUGCCCCCAAGCCCCUCGUUAAGCACUUCAAGGGCCGUCACUUCAUCGGAGGAAGGUUUGUUGCGCCGUCCAUCGCCUCGAAGUACGACUUCGAUGUCCCCCAGUACGAAGGCAUCGAUCAAGUCGUCGAGGUGGGUAAUAGUUUCUCUGUCGACAAGAAACUGUAG